UUCUCCACUUCCUUUACCUUUGGCUCUUCGGCAUCCGAAGAGAGAAGCUGGUGCCAGCAGCCAGCUCGUCUCUCUCUCUCUCUCUCCCGCUUUCCCAAUUCCCCAACCCGGCCUCGGCCAGGUCGAUCGCCCGAAUUGUUCCAAAUCGGUGUCGAUUCUACGCGACCAUUGGGGAAUCCGCACCGAUUUGUCCCCCAUCGCCGUCGUUUCCCUGGGCUGUUUCAGCUCGUCGACCUUCUUGGUCUCGUGGAAUUCGAUCCUAGAAUUCCGCGCCGCUGCCGUUUGAGUCGUUUCUGGGGGUGGUGGUUUGGGUUCCGGCGCCGAUUUGCUCGGGAAAAAUCGGUGCUUUGGCUUCGGCGGAGCUGAAUUUCGCAGAUUUGUGCGCGUCUCAUGAGCUGAAAAGGUCGUUGGUUUUGGGCUUCUUCAGGAUUCGUCCUGAUCUGUGUGUAUCUUCUUCUACCGUUUUAUUUCUUCCUGGGCUUUGGUCUCUUCUCACGAUUUAAUCAGGUGAAAGAACUUCUACCUUGUAAAGAAUUUGUCUCAUUUUUCUGUCCAUUUCCACGAAGAAAGCUCCAUUUUUUCCUCUUUUCUUUCCGCAAAUUCCCUUGUUUCUCCAUCUUCAGAUCUUCAGAGUCAGUCUACAACGAUUUUGUGAAGAAAAAUCCUUGCUUUGACAUUUCAGAGCUGAUUAUUUUUCUUCCAUUUUGUGCUUGGUGUACACCUAUUUCCUCCUGAUUUGAUUGUUCAAGCUUGGAAUUAGCCUCGAUUUGCUCGAUUGCUUCACCUUUCUCAAGUCAAAAUGGCUCAGGAAAGCUGUGACCUCAACAAGGACGAGGCCGAGAUCUUGAAGCCCUCAUCCUCCUCACCGUCUCCUCCUUCCCCAACCACCGCCGCACCACCGCCGCCACCACCAACCGCACAAAUACUAGAACCACUACCUCCACAAUCACCACCGCCAACACAACCAAUGGCAGCAGCAGCUCAGUUCUUGUCCAACCCCUGUGGAGUUGUUCCCGUAGAGGCUUCCAAGAAGAGGAAGCUAGUCGAUGCCAUCGCCACCGAUAUCGAAGCAGGUUCUCUGGUCGUACCAGCUGAGCCGUUGUCACCGGUGCUGUUUGUUAACCGGUGCAACGUGUGCCGCAAGAGGGUUGGUUUGACCGGGUUCAGGUGCAGAUGCGGGGAGCUCUUCUGCCCCCGUCACCGGCAUUCCGAGACCCACAAGUGCUCUUUCGAUUAUAAAACCACCGGCCGGGAGGAGAUUGCCCGGGCAAACCCUGUGAUCAGGGCUGCAAAGAUUAUUAAGAUCUGAGGUCAUGUGAUCUACGAACUAUACGGAAAGACUAAUCCUGGAGAUGCUGCAAGAGAAUCGUGUUGUCACCCCGGUCAAUCCAAAUGCAUGAUGUCUUGCAUAUUCUUGGAAGUAAUUCUCAUACAACCGAGCUCUCAGUAACGUAGAAAAGUCAACAAUGAAUAUGAAAUCCAUGAGUCGGUUGUUGUGGGAAUUGCUGUACUCUUUUUCUUCAUCUGUCUGCAGUUCAACGCCAUAGCUUCUUAAGCUACCACGCACGCAGACGAUGGCAGUUGUACUAUUGAGUCGUAAUUUUAUUGGAUCCAACAAUUUAUUGUAGUAUAUUGUAAUAUUUUCGUGAGUCUUGUUUGGUUCUAUUCAACGCAAUUGUGUCCUAA